UUCAAACGCGUCUCUUCACCUUUACCUUCUCCAGCUUCGUUACGUUCGAACAAAGAUGCAGUUUUGCCCACACUGCGGAAACCACCUCACCGUCUCCGGCGGAAACACCGGCGGAGGAAACAAGAUGGAGUGCAAAACAUGUCCGUAUCAAUACCCCAUCACAAUGAAACUAACAUCCCGAACCCUCCUCAAGCGCAAAGAACUCGACGACGUAAUGGGCGGCGGCUGGGACAAUGUCGACAAAAUCGCUCAAGCAUGUAUUAACGACACUUGUCCUGGACGAGAAGCGCAUUACACACAGAUUCAGAUUCGGAGUGCGGAUGAGCCGCCGACGACGUUUUAUCGGUGUGUUGAGUGUGGUAGGCGGUGGAGUGAUAUGGGGAGGUGAGCGAGUGGAGGGAUCUUAUUGUGUGUUGGUGGGAGGAGAUGGGGUAAAGUGGACGGGGGCGAGUAUGAGGGUGAUUUCUG